CUAAGAGGGUUAGAGAGUCUGACUUUUAGUCAGCGCCUGCAGACACAGCAGUUCGGGUUCAGCUCCGAGGUUCUGCUGAUUUUUCCAAGAUCUUUGUCCCAUCAGGAUUGCAAACCUCAGCCUGCAGACGUUCCUCAUCAGACUGAGAGGAGGCCUGCAGCCUCCAUCCUGUUGCUGAGACCCCGUCCUCCUGCUGCCAUGGGGAACCACGGCUCCAACAUGGAUGACAUCCUGGCUGAGGACAUGCACCACUGGUACAACAAGUUCAUGAAAGAGUCUCCAUCGGGCCUCAUCACGCUGUUUGAGUUGAAGGCCAUCCUCAACUUAAAGGGUAUCACAGAGAACGCCAACAGCUACGUGGAACAGGUCUUCUUCACCUUUGACAUGGAUGGGGAUGGCUAUAUUGACUUUGUGGAGUACAUUGCUGCCAUCAGCCUGCUGCUAAAAGGAGAAAUCAACCAGAAGCUGAAGUGGUACUUCAAACUGUUCGACCAGGACGGCAAUGGGAAGAUAGACAAGGAUGAGCUGGAAACCAUCUUCACAGCCAUCCAGGACAUCACACGGAACAGGGACAUCGACCCGGAGGAGAUCGUCACGCUCAUCUUUGAGCGGAUUGAUGUGAAGGGUGAAGGUGAGAUGACGCUGGAAGAGUUUAUCGACGGAGCCAAGGAGCAUCCGGACAUCAUGGAAAUGCUGAAGAACCUGAUGGACCUGACGCCGGUUCUGGAGAUAAUCGUGAACGGCCGAGAGUCCGCCAUCCAGAACUGAAGACCAGAGAUCACGAUGUAACGGCCGAUUAAGCGAAUGGCAGGAUUCCCGGUGGACGUCUAAAAUCUACCCAUCAAUGCGAUCCAAACCCACAGAACCUCACGCUGACCCACAUCCACGGCGAUUCUGAUCCAACUCUUCCACCCGUCCUUUUCCUCAAAGGUUCUCCUGGGAAGAUCUGGGGAUUUUCAGAUCGGAAGCGGCUGAUUUUUUUUAGGACUGAAGUGUCUCCCUGAUGGAUUCCAUGAAACAUUAACUUCAGUUCCUUCAGAGAGUAAUAAUAUUUAGGUUGGUUUUUAUUUAUUUUGGAAGGGAGGAUCUUUGAGCACUUUUACCCACCAAGAUUUAUGACUUUUUAUACAAUAAUUAUUAAAUGAGAGGAUUUAUUGACAAUAUUUUCCAUCAUAUUUGAUCCCAAAGAUCUGUCUGGUUUCCUGUUGCUUUGAGGAGCCGAGAAAAAGUUGGGAUCCAUAUUUAUAGAGAACUUCUCAGGCGUUUUUUCUGAACCCAGGAAGGAACUUUACCUCUUGAUGGCCUCUGAUGUCAUUGGAAGUAUUUAGUGGCAAUGUGUGACUGAAACACACCGAAAGUCCUCUUGAAACAUUUAAAGAUCAAUUAAUCCUCAGACUCUGCUCCUCCUGCUCCAGUCCAUGAACCAUCGCAGGUCAGAGCAGGAAAAUCCAGGCCAGCGGGACGGGCUCUGAAGGACGGAUUUAUCUCACCUAAUGCAGGAUUUACAGCUUCCUCUCAUUAAGGAACCAACAGGUUCCUCAUGGAGGAAAACCAUCGUCAGAAAUGAGAGACCCAGAAUGAAACAGCUGCUGACAUCGAGUGGUCAACAAGAAAAGAUUCUGUUUAUUUUCAGGAUUCUUUUUCCAGAAGGUGAAUAGAUAGGAAAGUUCAAAAUGUGGCCUUUAGCUUAAAGAAAAUCUUCACAUGUUUGGUUAUUAUGACAUUUUUCCUUUUUUGGGCCCAAAUUCCAUCCAUGUGUGGUUCUUAAAAAUAAAUCAAACCCAUUCAGCAAAUAUAUUCACACCCCAAAUAUCAUAAACGAUAUCCUUCGGUCUCUGAGGUUCGUUAGCUCUGUGAUGGAAACCUCUGGUGGCCAUAUUUCCCUCUGCAGCCUAAAAUGAACGGAAUUCAGUCUGAAGCCGAUUUAACCAAAGUGACAUAAAAAUGUGACUUUCAGCUGAAUAAUCUGUCCGUCUCUGGCUAAUCAACACUCAACUGACACUUAAAGACAAACUUGUUUUAUCUUCAGCUGAAGGAAAAACUUCAGCAUUCAUCAAAGCCAACUGGCUCCCUGUUGGUGAGGACGUAGGAACUCUUCAAGAUUAUUCUCUGCUUAAAAUAACCAACAUAUCAGAAAUUAUUGAUCAUAGAAUCAGUUUGGAGCUCGCUCUGAUGGCGGCCAAAGCAAUAACCUGGUGUUCAUAAAAUCAUAUCAGAUUUAAAGGCACUUUUAUUGUACAUGGUACUGAUAUUUGUGUUUUGUUGCCUUAUUAAUAAAGUUUUUGAACAAAC